CACAUCUCUCUCAAAGCUUAAGCUUGAGCAGCUUCGCAAACUCAGCAUCCAUCCAUCCAUCCAUGCACGUCGUGCACGCACGCCACUCACACCACACCCAAAAAUCCAUGGAUCUCUUCCCUCGCCUCUCAGACACCCUCAGGCUAUCAUCUCUCGUCAUGCCGUCGGUCAGCCCUUGGACACAGCGCCAGCUUCAGCUGGGGCGGUGGUAGUGGCCUGGCUGCUGUACUGCUUGAUCAUGGCGUUCUCCACCACACGGAUGCACUCACUGAUGUCCGCACCACCGCCUACUCACGGACCAACAAUGUCACACCUCAUGUCACACAAGGGAUGGAUGGCCAUUUGUGCAGGUCACUGACCCAUUGCGCCAGCGAGUUCGUCCACCACAGGCUGGUGCUUCUCCAAGAUCUGGUACGCUGCCAGGGACGACCACCUGAACAAAACAGAACGACAGACAAGCAUGGAUCUCGGCCCUCUCUCUCCUCCACUGCACUAACUGAGUGACUUACCUGGGUAUGGAUGUCUGCUGGCCGCCGCUGAGCUGUGGCUGGGUCCGCUUCAUCAGAUUCUGGAUGUAGUUGAUGUCCACAUCGGUGUCCUUGGCGGUCUUAUACUUCAGCAGCUCGCCAGAUAUACCGCUGAUGGCCACCACGCACAAGGGCUCGAGGGUGCUCCGCUCAAGAGGCUGCAGACAGCACAGGCCCAACAAGACAAGACAGCAGGGCAGGCACCACAUUUUCUGUUCAGUGUGUGUGUGUUGGGCGUGGGGAUAACCUGUCUUCUGUCCUGUGAGUCGUCCCUCGACUCGUAGAACUCCACAAGAGAGGUCUCCGGAGCCUUGACCACUCGCCUCGGCGGGUAGCCCAACAAAUACCCUGCACACACAAACACAGCCAAUGCAUUCAUUCAAGGAGGCAGGCAAUGUGCGUCCGGCGAGUCCCUCCGUCCACUGACUGACCGACGAGGAAGUGCGAUGCCUCGUGCCACCGUCGCCUCUCCUUGAACGACCCAUCCGCCGCGUUCUGCACAUUGGUGUAGAGGCCCAGCAGCACCCCCGGGUUGAUGCUGCCUAUCGCCACCACCACGAUGGGCAGGGCCGCAAACAGGUAGGUGAAUAGCGCUCCCAGGUUGCCGCCGAUGAACUGCGAUGAACCAAUGGCCUGCACACACACACACACACACACACUCACACGCUCGUCCGUGUGUCUGUGUGUCGACUGACUUACGAGUAGAGUCGAUACUAUGAGGGUGCCAACAAAAAGCCUUUGGAAGAAGUCCGUCUCCCCCGACUUGCUCUGGAUGGCGUUGUCGUCACAGCCAGUGGAGGCCUUCCACGUGUACGAUUCAACGUUGUAGUAGGACGGCCGCGCCUCGCUGUUCCAGUACCCAAUCACCCCCUGCUCUUUCAGCUCGUCCAGCUUCGUGGCGCACGCCACGGCGCUGUCCAAGGGCAGCUUGGGGACAGAUGCCACGGGAGAUGUCAACAGUCUCGCCUCUGCAGGAGGGGGCGCAGCGGCUGCAUUGGUCUGCGGAGCGUCAGCAGGCUUCAUAGCCGCCUGCUUGGCUGCCUCAGCCUCCUGCCGCUGUCGGUCCGCCUCGUCAUCUUUGGCCUUUUGGACCUCCAUUGCACUGGCCUCUUCCCGGAGCUUGGCCGCCUCCUCGAGCAGCUUCUGCACGUCUGCAUCGUCGCUGGAGGCAUAAAGAUGGUGGCGAGGUGGCCUCCGUCUGAUGCUCUCCACAGGCAGGUGUGGGCGAGGGACGCUGAGAGUGAAUGUCGAUGGCUGAAACGCCAGGGCAUCGUAGAUGCUCAGUAUGGCAAGGGCGCUGGCCGUCAAAUACCACAUUGUCCUUCCCUUCG